AUGCUUUUUGGCCACUUAAUAAACAUAAUAGGUGGUGUGUUUUUUCCAUCAGAUGAUCAACUAACCAGCGUAUUGAAGGCUUUUGGAGUGUUUGCAGUGGGUUUCUUAAUGAGACCAGUAGGCGCUGCUAUAUUUGGUCACAUUGGUUAUCAAAGCAUUGGAAUACUAGCGUCAAUGCUGGUAGUUUGUUUAAGAUUAUUGCAGGGUAUAUCCCUUGGAGGAGAGGCAGGAAAUGCACCAUUUUUAAUAGAACACGCUCCUAAAAACAAAAAAGGAUUUUUUGGCAGCAUUGAAGUAUUAAGCGCAAUUUUUGGUUCAGUAUUAAGCCUGAUAGCAGUACUCAUAUGCAAAAAAGUUCGGUACAGCGGAUUUGGCUUGUCAAGAAAUAUAGCUGCUGGAUUUUUUGGUGGCCUUGCACCAUUUAUAUGCACAACAAUUAUCAAAGUUACAGGACAAGAGACUUCAGCUAGUUUUUACAUGAUUUUCUGUGCAUUAAUUGGACUAGUUGCUAUAUCGCAAAUUAAGGAUUAG